UAUCUCAGCUCUACAACAACGCAACGCAAUGGGAUUAGAAGAAGCGCUUGCAGAGUGUGAUACUUUUGUAUCUGAAGAUGCUAUUCCAUAGUCUAAAAUAGCAGAAAAGCAUGGUAUUGUGCGGUCAACAUUGACGCGCACGUGGAGGGGUGAGACGCGUCCGCACAAAGAGAAGGUUCUUGCACAACAAAAGCUCACCCUAUAACAAGAGGAGGAGCUUGUACGAUAUAUAGAAGAGCUUACUGCUCGUCAUAUACCUCCUACAAGAGAGAUGAUUGCCAAUUUCGCGUCAGCAGUCGCCCAGGAGCCAGUGAGCGAGAGCUGGGUUACCCGCUUCAUCAACAAGUACUCUAUCCAUCUUAUCUCUCAAUACUCAACAGGUAUGGACGCCAAUCGCCACAACGCUGAUUCCUAUACCAAAUAUAAGCUAUACUUCAACCUACUACAACGCAAGAUUGCCGAAUACAAGAUUAACACUAAGCACACAUACAAUAUAGAUGAGAAGGGCUUCAUGAUUAGGGUCACCUUAAGAACAAAACACGUGUUUAGCAGGCGUAUGUGGGAGAAAAAGGAGGUCAAAGCAUCACUUCAAGAUGGCAAUUGUGCCUGGUUGACGCUCAUAGCGUGUGUGUGCGGCGAUGGAUCAGCUCUGCCCCCAGGCCUCAUCUACAAGUCUGCCAACAACACCAUCCAAUCAAGCUGGGUAGAUGAAAUCAAGCCAGGGGAACACUCUGUGCUUGUUUCUUUGAUACUCCUAGCUAUCCUUCCUCCUCAUUCAACUCACACGCUGCAGCUGCUUAACAAAGUAAUGUUUAAGCCUCUGUCAACGGCGUACUCAAAGGAGCUUACAACACACCUUCACAGUGGCCAGGGCCUAUCAGUGAUCAAGAAGAGCGACUUCUUCCACCUGUUCUGGAAGGCCUGGACGAACACGUUUACUCCAGAGCUGAUACUCAGGUCCUUCAAGGCAACGGAUAUAUCACCCCUUCAGCCUAACGUCAUCCUCCAACGCUUUGCCAAGAGUACCCCUGAGGCCUCUGACAGCAGCACAAGCUCUUCUUCAGUCUAUUCUGGCAAGGACUGGCUCAAAAUAGAGACUCUGUUGCGGAAGGUAGUCAAGGAAGAGAAGGAAGAGACUAGUCCAGAGCUGAGGAAGAUCAGCCGCUCGCUCCACCAUAUAUCAAUUCAAAAUCAGCUCCUCCACCACAAGAAUCAGGGUCUUAAAGAGGCGCUUAAGACUCAGAAGAAGCACAAGAAUAAGAGCAAAGUUCUUCAGUUCCAGCCUCGCAAGGACUAUCACGGUGGGGCUGAGUUCUACUCUCCCAGCAGAGUAGAGAGAGCACGCUCUGACGAGAGGGCAAAACAACAGAAUCAGAGAGCAGAAGAACAUAGAAAAGCAGAGAAGAAGAAGAAGCGUCGCACUGUGGGUGCUGCGCGUGGGGUUGAUGCUGCUGAGCCUCCUGCAGCACCUCGCACCCACACCACGCGCAGCGGCCGAACAGCAACUCUAUAUAAUUAAUUUGUAUGAGAGAAUAUUGUCG